UUUGACUACAUUCUACAAUUUGCACCUACAGAAAAGAACAUUGCCCACAACAUGUCGUCGUUUGCGGAGUCCGCCGGAAUGAAUUACUUGAAGCAGAGCUCGAUCGACUUUGUCAAUUACAACAAGCGUCAGAUGUCGCGCAUCUAUCCGAAGGGCACUCGGGCCGACUCGUCCAACUAUAUGCCGCAGGUAUUUUGGAACGCUGGCUGCCAGAUGGUCUCGCUGAAUUUCCAGACAUCCGAUCUGCCCAUGCAACUGAAUCAGGGCAAAUUCGAAUACAAUGGCGGCUGCGGCUAUUUGCUGAAACCGGACUUUAUGCGCCGGGCGGACAAGGACUUUGAUCCGUUCGCCGAUGCGCCGGUGGACGGUGUGAUUGCGGCCCAGUGCUCGGUGAAGGUGAUUGCCGGCCAGUUCUUGUCGGACAAGAAGGUGGGCACCUACGUGGAGGUGGACAUGUUUGGCCUGCCGUCGGACACUGUGAAGAAGGAGUUCCGCACGCGCUUGGUGCCCAACAAUGGGCUCAAUCCCGUCUACAACGAGGAUCCGUUCGUGUUCCGCAAGGUGGUGCUGCCCGAUUUGGCGGUGCUGCGCUUUGGCGUCUAUGAGGAGAGCGGCAAAAUGAUUGGACAACGCAUCCUGCCCCUGGAUGGCCUGCAGGCUGGCUACCGCCACGUCUCGCUGCGUACCGAGGCCAAUUUCCCGAUGUCGUUGCCCAUGCUGUUCGUGAACAUCGAAUUGAAGAUUUAUGUACCUGAUGGCUUUGAGGACUUCAUGGCCAUGCUGUCGGAUCCGCGCGGCUUUGCCGGCGCCGCCAAGCAGCAGAACGAGCAAAUGAAGGCACUGGGCAUCGAGGAGCAGAGCGGCGGGGCCGCUCGCGAUGCCGGCAAGGCCAAGGAGGAGGAGAAGAAGGAGCCGCCGCUCGUCUUCGAGCCGGUCACCCUCGAAUCGUUGCGGCAGGAGAAGGGCUUUCAGAAGGUCGGCAAGAAGCAGAUCAAGGAGCUGGACACGCUGCGCAAGAAGCACGCCAAGGAGCGCACCUCGGUGCAGAAGACCCAAAACGCGGCCAUCGACAAGCUGAUCAAGGGCAAGAGCAAAGAUGAUAUACGCAACGAUGCGACCAUCAAGAAUGCGAUCAACGACCAGACCAAGCAGUGGACCGACAUGAUUGCCCGCCACCGCAAGGAGGAAUGGGACAUGCUGCGCCAGCAUGUCCAGGACUCCCAGGACGCCAUGAAGGCGCUCAUGCUGACCGUGCAGGCGGCCCAGAUCAAGCAGCUCGAGGACCGUCAUGCCAGGGAUAUCAAGGAGCUCAAUGCCAAGCAGGCCAAGACCUCCGCUGAUACCGCCAAGGAAGUGCAAAACGACAAGACCCUUAAGACCAAAAACGAAAAGGAUCGUCGUCUGCGCGAAAAGCGUCAGAACAAUGUCAAGCGCUUUAUGGAGGAGAAAAAGCAAAUCGGCGUUAAGCAGGGUCGCGCCAUGGAAAAAUUGAAAUUGGCACACGCUAAACAGGUUGAGGAAUUUAGUACCGAUGUGCAAAAGCUUAUGGAUAUGUACAAAAUCGAGGAGGAGGCCUAUAAGACCCAAGGAAAGACGGAGUUUUAUGCUUAAGCAACAACAACAAGAGCAACAACAGCUUAAAGAAAUCUAUAUAAAAAGUUUAAGAAGAAGAACAAGAAGAAGAGUUUUAGUGUACGCCUAUAUAAUUUAGAAAUAUGAAGAAAAUGAAGAAAUCAAUUCAAAAACAAAACAAAACAAACAAAAAACUGUAUUCGAAAUAAAAAGUCAACACUUUGUGCUUUAUACUUAUUUAAGACGUUACAAAACGUGGCAAACUAUCCAACAAAAAUAAAUAUAUAUAUAUAAAAAAAAUAUAUAUAUACAUGCUUAGAUAUUAUAACUAAAUUGUUGAAAUAACUUUGACAGUUUUCGAUCUCCAAAUACUUGGAAAUACCAAUAUUUCAAAUUAUUUUUUGCUGUAAAACUGCAAAAAAAAAAAAACACAUGAAUAUAAAUAAAACAAGAUACCAGAAAAAAAAAUACCGAACGAAAAGUAAAAAGAAAUCUAUUGGUAUUUAUACAUCAAUAAAACGGUACACCGAUAAGCUUAGACCAUGCCAUAAGUAAA